AUGGCAUCCCACUUUGAACUAAGGGCGAAACCUGAGCCGUCCGUAGAUGCUGAGAGUGCAGCUGGAUUUGAUAUGCCGGCUGCGUACUCAGCAGGCGUGACGGCAGAGACUUGUGAGGAAAUUUUUGUCGAAGGACGUGAUCGUCUAUGCGCGUCCAUCGACGCCACAAACGCGGUUCUUCGGGAUUUGCGCACAUUCAACAAGGAUCAGUGGAUCCUUCGGUAUCCUUCGAAGGAGGUCAGUACGGAUAGCUCGACAUGGCCCCUAUCCAUCCUACGCUUGGACCUGAAGUUGGGUGCCACACAGAAUGCCAGCGCUUUGGUGAGCUCUUUAGAAAAGUCUUCAGUGGGCCAACUUUUAGACGAGCGGAUGAGCCGUUCGCUCAAACACCUGCAGAGUCUUCGUAUGCGCAUCAUUGAUACGCAAUCGAAAGUUCUUGUGACUGGUGACUUGAACGCAGGAAAGUCAACGUUCAUCAACGCACUGAUGCGCCGUGAUCUAGUUCCAACCGACCAGCAGCCCUGUACAUCGGUAUUUUGUGAGAUUCACGAUGCGGAGCGUGAGAAUAAUGGGCGUGAGGAAGUACAUCUCGUGCGUGAUGUCUCGUCGUACGAUGCAGAGAACUCGUCUACGUACACGCGACGCAGUCUUGAUGAGUUGGAAGCGAUUUUUGCAGAAGAAGAAGACAAAGAGGAUGAAAGCGAACCCCCCGUACUCAAAUGCUUCUGCUUAAAUGCGCGGGAAGUGCAUGAGAGCCUACUGCACAACGGCGCCGUCGAUAUCGCAUUGAUUGAUGCGCCUGGCCUUAACCAAGACAGUGUGAAAACCACAGCGUUGUUCGCCCGUGAAGAGGAAAUCGAUGUCAUUGUUUUUGUUGUGAGCGCUGAGAACCACUUUACACUGAGUGCAUGUGAAUUCUUGCUGAAUGCUAGCAACGAGAAGGCGUAUGUGUUUGUGGUCGUCAACAAAUUCGACCAGAUUCGCAACAAAGAAAAAUGCCGGCGCCGUGUUCUUGAGCAAAUUCGACAACUGAGCCCGCGCACGUACGAAGAAGCAGAAGAACUUGUUCAUUUCGUCGAUGCGCGUGCCAUGUGUGAAACGACAAACGAUGCAGCAUCCAGCAACGACCAGGCAGAGCGUUUUGCUGCCCUCGAGUCGAAUCUACACCAAUUCUUGUUGCGACGUCGCACCAAGUCCAAGCUGCUACCUGCAAAGACGUAUAUGGAACGACUACUCAACGAUAUGCUUUUCCUUGUGCAGUUGAAUGAGAGUGCGGCUAAGGAAGACCUCGCCGCAGCACGUCGUGAACUAAGCGUCAGCCGCCCAGCUCUUGCAGCAUGUGAGUCAAAUGCGCUCAAAGCCCAACGCAUCGUUGAAAAUGAAGAAGACAAAGUCGUAUCAUCCAUCACCCAGUCGACGGAGGAAGCGAUCUCGAAUGCGCUCGAGACGGUUGGGCAAGGUCAGUCUGCGCACGCAUCGGUGAAGCUUCCAGCUUAUCCCGGGCUUUUAAGCCUUUGGCAAUACGCUCAGGAUACACGCGAGGCUCUUCUUAAGAGUCUGCAAGCUGCCGUAAAUGAGUGCGAGUCCAAGGCGCGCGACUUCACAGCCGACGCUGUAAACCGCGUGACUCACACUGGAGAGCAGUUCCUACCAAAGGACAUGGAGUUGCCAAAGCGCGUGUUCGUCCCAGAGGCUAUGUUCACCAAGAGGCACGAGAACACUGCAUUUGCUGGCCUGGGAGUUAGUCUCGACAUCGUGUCAGUUCGCCUAACGGAUCUGUUUGACGUGCCAUAUCACUUCUCCCUUGUAAUGGGCGGAGAGCGUGCCAAAGUGUCGUCUGAGUCAGAAGAAAAGCUGUCUCAGCGCCAAGCUUUACUAUUGGCCUCGGUGCAUUGA